AUGGCGUCCUCGCGCAACUCUGCAGGCCCCAACGUCGCCUACGACCCGCUCCCCAACGUACCCGACUCACAUCUUGACGUCAAUUACGACGAAGACCCUCGUUUUUCAACGGCUCGUUCCCUCUCCUACCACACACCCGAGACGAACUCUGCCGACCUUCCCGACAGCGGCUCAUCGCCGCCCGUGGCGCGCCCACGCUUCAUGGGCGCUGCCUUGGCAGGCGAGACAGGCCACAGCCCGCGCGACUCGUAUGCGUCGUCCAACAAUACCGGGCCUUCAUAUGCGGGCUACGACAAUGAUUCUUCCGUGUUUGCGUUGAACCCCGACGGUCGCCGCGAUUCAGGUACCCCUGUCCCUGUGUAUCGCGAUGACCCAGAGGGAGACCGAGGGACACCAACAGAUCCGCAGGGCACACUUGCGAGUCCACAAUACCUCGGAGAGAAGCAUGCGCUCUAUGAUGCCCCUCGCAAGAGCUCCAGACGGAAAAUCAUCAUCAUCGGCGCACUAGUUGGUCUUGUUGUGAUCGUGAUCGCCAUUGCUGUCCCCGUUUCGCUUGCAAACAGAAAAUCAAAUAACAAUGCCGCAAAGAGCUCCGGCGGUGACCCCGCCCAGCCGGGCGAGACUACCAGUGCGGGUGGGAACGGGAAUGGCGGUGGAAAGACGACGCUGGCUGUUACUGGCGGUGACGGCAGUAAGGUCACGACGGACGAUGGGUCCACAUUCACGUACUCGAAUUCGUUCGGUGGAUAUUGGUACUAUGACGAGAACGAUCCUUUUAACAACGGCGCCAAGGCGCAGUCAUGGACACCAGCACUGAACGAGUCCUUCAACUGGGGCAUCGACAAGAUUCGUGGAGUGAACCUCGGCGGAUGGUUAAAUACUGAACCUGUGAGUCUUCCUUCGCACCCCUGUCAUCUACCUUGGAGCAGGCGUGUGCCUGCGCUCUACGAGAAGUACGUCAACAGCACGACGCCAGCGGUCGAUGAGUGGACACUCAGCACCAAUAUGGCUGCGGAUACCGCCCAUGGUGGUCUCACACAACUGGAGGACCACUACAAGACGUUCAUUACUGAGCAAGACUUCGCUGAGAUCGCUGGCGCUGGUCUCAACUUCGUCCGGAUUCCCCUCCCAUACUGGGCCAUCGAGACUCGUGAUAACGAGCCCUUCCUCGCAAAGACUUGCUGGACGUACUUCCUCAAGGCCAUCCGAUGGGCGCGCAAGUACGGUAUCCGUAUCAACCUUGACUUCCACGCUCUUCCGGGAUCGCAGAACGGGUGGAAUCACUCUGGCAAGCUUGGGUCGAUUAAUAUGCUGAACGGCCCCAUGGGCUAUGCCAAUGCGCAGCGGAGCUUGGACUAUAUCCGGAUCCUUGCUGAGUUCAUUAGCCAGCCGGAGUACAAGGAUGUCGUGGUUAUGUUCGGUAUUACUAACGAGCCGCAAGAGAGUGUUGUUGGUGUGGAGAAUCUCAGCCGAUACUAUCUUGAGGCGUACAACAUCGUCCGCGAGGCUAGCGGUGUCGGCGAAGGCAAGGGACCCAUGAUCUCCUACCACGAUGGCUUCCAAAGUCUCACGUCCUGGGCGGAUUUCCUGCCGGGCGCCGACCGUAUUGCUCUCGAUUCUCAUCCCUACCUCUGCUUCGGCGGUCAGUCGGACGCUGCGAUGUCGACGUACGCCAAGACUCCUUGCAAUACCUGGGCAAACAAUUUCAACGAGAGUAUGUCCGCUUUCGGUCUGACUGGCGCCGGUGAAUUCAGCAACGCCGUCACCGACUGCGGCAAGUGGGUCAACGGUGUGAACCUGGGUGCGAGGUACGACGGGACGUUCACGGGGAACUGGCCGUCGCAGGGCAGCUGCGACCAGUGGACGAACUGGCCUGCAUGGGACGAUGAGAUGAAGCAGGGGAUGAUGCAGUUCGCCCUCGCCAGCAUGGACGCUUUGCAGAACUGGUUCUUCUGGACGUGGAAGAUCGGCAAUUCGAGUGUGACCGGCAAGGUGGAGAGCCCUGCCUGGAGCUACCAGUUGGGUCUGCAGAACGGGUGGAUGCCCAAGGACCCGCGGGUUGCUGAUGGCACCUGUGGGAACACCGCACCCUGGCAGCCGCCCCUCAAGCCCUCGCAGACGGGUGGCUCCGGUGCUGGGCAGAUCCCCGCAAGUGUGUCCUCCAGCUUUGCGUGGCCACCGACUGUCAUCAGCAACGCAGGUGCUGUCACUUUGUUGCCUUCGUAUACGCAGACCGGCUCCAUUCCUACCUUGACGGCGGAGACGUUCUCGUCGGCCAAGUCGACGAUCAGCGCUGGGAACGGCUGGGCGAACUCCGCGGACUCGGCGGGCAUGUAUGUGCCUGUUGCGACGUGUAAUUAUUUGGACCCUUGGAUUGGGGAUGCCGCUCCUCCAUCGCCGCUGUGCUCUGGCGGCAAGCGCAAGAGAGUGGCCGUGCCAGAGCCUUUGAUUACGCCUCCUCCCUCAUAA